CCGCCGUCAUGUGCAGCCACCGACUCUUGAGCGUGCUGGUGCUGCUGGUGCUGGCAGCGGCCGCCUCCACUCAGCGGCUCGGCAAGGAACGCCGCACCCGAGUCCGCGACCAGGUGGAGUCGCUGCUGAAGAGCCGGCACGUCGGUUGGAGGCGCGAACCGCGGCAAUAUGUCGACCCGGCCUUGGUCGGCGGGCCUGACCCGCUCCAAGUGGAGGAAGAGGAGGAGGAGGAGGAGGAGGAGGAGACAUUAGAGCCGGUGCCGCCUGAAACGGCUUGGCUGGCCGCAGAGGUGAUGGCCGCCGACGCCGAGCGCCAUGAGGAAGCCAAGAUCGCGCAACAGCGAAGCAGCACCACAAAACAGCUCACCGGCUGGAGGGGGCUCCACGGCGACGUGAUCGAAGCUAUCGAGUUCUAGGCUAUGUUCAUGCUCCUAGCGGCUACCCAUGCUAUUCAUAUGAGGAUUAAUACGCUAGACGUGUAAUUCUUUGUUCCAUCGCUGAAUUUGUACUCGCCGGCGGCCACCAAACAGUACACAUUUAUCUAAUUUCUAUAGUUAGUGCCUCUUGUGUUUAAAUGAUUAAUCUGUUGUUAUGAGUGGCAUAAUAAAGUGGAAGCACAGACGAAAAAAUCAUUGGCGGGCACGGGUCAUGGCGUAGUUUCGUACUCAUUUCAACGUGCUCCAGCUGCUCCCCUCCAAGCAAAAAUGGCUAUAAAUUGCGUUUGGCGUGAAACGAGGCUGGGGUUCAUGUCUGUCAUAUUCCGCCAAGCUCACUUGACCACAGAGAUUUGCAAGACU